AUGGGUUCACCCAAAUUAGAGACAUUAGUGCCUCUUCUACCUUCCUUUGCCUUUUGCCUGGUGCUUUUAGUCAUCAUUCCAUCGUGUUCAGUUCCUGCUUAUGCCUCCAUCUUAGAAACGCAAUCCCUUCUCAUAUGGAAAUCCAGCCUUCAAAAACAAAAUCAAUCCACCUCUUCUCUAUCUUCAUGGACUCUUCCUCCUCAAAAUGCCAGAGACUUCAACGCAACAUUGGCGUGUCCAUGUGGGUGGUAUGGCAUCUCAUGUAACCAAGCCGGGAGUGUGAUUGGAAUCAAUCUCACCAGUUCAAAUAUCAGAGGUACACUUAAUGAGUUCCUAUUCUCGUCUCUGCCAUGUCUUGCCUAUGUAGAUUUGCACAUAAAUGAACUCUUUGGCUAUAUUCCGCCUCAAGUCAGUCUUUUGACCAAUCUCACCUACCUUGACCUCUCCUUCAAUCAACUAUCUGGGAUAAUACCACAAGAAAUUGGUGGGCUUACGAAGCUCGAGGUGCUUGACCUUGCCGUUAAUGAGUUGAAUGGCUAUAUCCCUGAUGAAAUAGGUCAAUUGCGUUUGCUGAAUGAGCUUGCCUUGUUUUCAAACCAGUUGGAUGGAUGCCUUCCUUCUUCCUUGGGUAACUUGAGCAGUCUCGCGAGGCUAUCCAUCUCUAACAAUUCAUUUUCCGGCUCUAUCCCUCUUGAAAUGGGGAAUUUGACAAAUUUGGAGGAGAUUAACAUGGGUGGCAACUCCAUGAAAGGGCCAAUUCCUCCCACUUUUGGGAAAUUGAUGAAACUGACAAAAUUGCACCUAUAUUGUAAUAAACUUACUGGUUUUCUUCCACCAAUGCUUGGGAACUUAAAACUUCUCCGUGAACUCAACCUACAUUGUAAUAAUCUUUACGGUUCAAUCCCCUCAACAUUAGGCAAUUUGACAGAGCUUACCCUUUUGUAUCUACUUGACAACCACCUUUCUGGCUACAUUCCUGAUGAGUUAGGAAACCUUCGAGCUAUGAUCCAGUUGAAGCUAAACCAUAAUCAGCUCAUUGGUCGCAUUCCUCAUUCUUUGGGAAAUCUCACUUACCUACGAUAUCUAUUCCUCGCAAUAAUCAACUCUCAAGUUUGA